AUGGAGGAACAUAAAAUAAAUAAACAAAUAGAUGAACAAUUACACAUGUUAACAACACAUGGAUAUUAUGAUGUGAAGCGAUAUAUGAUUAAAGCGGAAGCAGAAAUAAGAGCCAAAAUGAUAUGCGAAGAAAGAUUCCAAAAUAUCGAAAACGAUAUAGAAGAUGAGAUGUCCAUUGAUGCCAUUGAAGAAUACAAAGGAAAACGUUUUAGAUAUACAAAUGGUUAUUCAAGAUACUAUGAUGUUCAAACAGAUGAAAAGCAAAAUUUUGAGGAAGACAUUUUUGAAAUUGAAGGGGGCCGUGACGCAAUUGAUGAAAUUCUUCAAGGUCUAGAAAGCGGUGAUAAAAUUGUUGUUAAUACAAAAAGAAGAGCAGUUAAAGGUACAUUGUUAUCGAUUGGUGAUGACAUGGUUACUAUAAGAAAUAGUGACCGAAGAAGAGUAGAGUAUUCUUUCAGACAGAUCGUUGAGAAUGGAAUUAAGUUCAAAAAAGACGAAGAAUCUGAAUAA